GUUCUCAAUAAUUAAUUGACAUUGUGGCCGCCGUUAGGGUUCGGACGGGCUUGUACGUAUAGGGUUAGGGUUUUCACCAAAGGGAACUGACGAGAGAGAUCGAGCGAGCGGAAGGUAACAGUUGGGGUUUUCGGUCGGGCGAAGAUUAGCUUUUGGUUGUCCAUAGCUGAAAAUCGUAGCAAGAAUGAGGCCGAUAUUGAUGAAAGGGCACGAGAGGCCACUGACUUUCUUGAAGUGCAAUCGAGACGGCGACUUGCUCUUCUCCUGCGCCAAGGACCACAAUCCCACCGUCUGGUUCGCCGAUAACGGCGAGCGCCUCGGCACCUACCGCGGGCAUAACGGCGCCGUCUGGUGCUGCGAUGUCUCAAGGGAUUCUAUGCUGCUCCUUACUGGAAGUGCUGAUCAGACGGCAAAACUGUGGGAUGUUCAAACUGGGACGCAGCUUUUUUCUUUCAAUUUUGAUUCUCCAGCCAGAGCUGUAGAUCUCUCUGUUGGUGACAAGCUUGCAGUCAUCACGACUGACCCCUUUAUGGGAUUGCCAUCAGCUAUUCACAUCAAACGCAUUGCCAGAGAUCCCAGUGAGCAAACUGGUGAGUCGGUACUCACGAUUAAGGGUCCUCAGGGAAGAAUCAAUAGAGCUGUCUGGGGACCUCUUAACAAGACUAUUAUAAGUGGUGGUGAAGAUGCUGUAAUUCGUAUCUGGGAUUCUGAGACAGGAAAAUUACUUGCCGAGUCUGACAAGGACACUGGUCACAAGAAGACGAUCACUUCCCUUGCAAAAUCUGCAGAUAGCUCACAUUUCCUCACUGGUUCCCUAGAUAAGUCUGCAAAGCUUUGGGACAGCAGAUCAUUGACACUUAUCAAGACCUAUGUGACUGAAAGGCCAGUCAAUGCAGUUGCUAUGUCUCCACUUCUCGAUCAUGUGGUGCUUGGAGGUGGUCAGGAUGCUUCAGCCGUCACAACAACAGAUCAUCGUGCAGGGAAGUUUGAAGCUAAAUUCUUUGAUAAGAUUCUUCAAGAAGAAAUAGGAGGUGUGAAAGGGCACUUUGGGCCUAUAAAUGCGUUGGCCUUCAACCCAGAUGGUAAAAGUUUUUCAAGUGGAGGUGAAGAUGGGUACGUCCGGCUGCACCAUUUUGACCCAGAUUACUUCAAUAUCAAGAUUUAACUCUAGCAUGGUGUACUAUUUGUUAGUUUUGGCCCAUCUAUAAUGUUGGGGGUGAGAAGUUACAAGUAGGGUUCGGAUCACGUUUAUAGAAGCCCUAUAUAUCUGUGCUCCUAACUACUGUUAUGAAUAUUUAUUUUUGGCAUUCAAAGUUUUGUUUAUAUCAGUCAACAUGUCGAGACUGCCUGGCUCUUCAUUGUUUUAGUAUUUCUACCCCGGAAAGCAAGAAUCACACACUUGGUGAAAAAGUUUUAAGAAAAGUAGGUGUCCUGUGAUUUUGCUGUUCUAGUGGCUGGCACAGUGUUAAAGUUGAUAUAAUGUUGGCAGUAACUAAUGUGAUUUUUAUGUUAUGUUUUGUGAA